AUGGCGAGAGGUUCUUCUCAGUCCCAAUCAUCCACCUCAACCGGCGGCGCCGCCCGUCCCGCCGUCACAGCCCCUCGGGGCUCCGCUGCCGCCACCGCCGGGAUGCGCCGACGCCGGCUCGGAGGUCCUUCGUCCGCUGCUUCUUCUGCCUCGGAAGGCGGCGUAGGAAGUUCCGGCGGGAACAUGCUCCGAUUCUACACCGACGACGCUCCCGGGAUCAAGAUCUCCCCCACCGUCGUCCUCGUCCUCAGCCUCUGCUUCAUCGGCUUCGUCACCGCCCUCCACGUCUUCGGCAAGCUCUACCGCAGCAAGCUCGUUCCGCCGGGAGCCCAGUAA